GCGGCCGGGACCGUUGGAGCGCGGCGGCGGCGGCUGAGGCGGCCCGGCCGCCCUGAGGAGCCGCGGCGGCCCCGGCACCGCCUCAGGCUGUCGUUUAAAUGUCUGAAGAAGGAAGUGAGCCCAGGAAAGUGGAAGUUGCCCUGAGGGACUUCUCAGUGUGAUUCAGAUGGUUUCAAUCCAAUGUCAGUUGAAGCCAGACGAGCUCAGAAGCCCAAAGCAAGGAAGUGCCAAAGCAGAUGGACACCAGUAACUUUUUCUGCCAGCACAGAAUGAUUGAGGAGAGUGGGAAGAGGAGGAGGACCAUGGCAGAGAAGAGGCAGCUGUUCAUGGAAAUGAGAGCCCAGAACUUCGACGUGAUCCGGCUGUCCACGUACAGAACCGCCUGCAAGCUGCGCUUCGUGCAGAAGAGGUGCAACCUUCACCUUGUUGAUAUCUGGAACAUGAUUGAAGCCUUCCGAGAUAACGGCCUUAACACUUUGGAUCACAGCACAGAGAUCAACGUGUCCCGCCUGGAGACCAUCAUUUCAUCCAUCUACUACCAGCUGAACAAACGCCUGCCUUCCACCCACCAGAUCAGCGUGGAGCAGUCCAUCAGCCUGCUCCUCAACUUCAUGCUAGCAGCCUAUGACAGCGAGGGCCACGGGAAGCUGACGGUGUUCUCAGUGAAAGCCAUGCUGGCCACCAUGUGUGGGGGGAAGAUCCUGGACAAGCUCAGAUAUAUUUUCUCUCAGAUCUCAGAUUCCAACGGGCUGAUGGUUUUCCCCAAGUUUGAGCAGUUCCUGAGGGAGGUGCUGAAGCUGCCCACGGCCGUGUUCGAGGGACCCUCCUUCGGCUACACGGAGCACUCGGUGCGCACCUGCUUCCCCCAGCAGAAGAAGGUGAUGCUCAACAUGUUCCUGGACACGCUGAUGGCUGACCCUCCUCCCCAGUGCCUUGUGUGGCUGCCCCUCAUGCACAGACUGGCCCACGUUGAAAAUGUCUUCCACCCCGUGGAGUGCUCGUACUGCCACUGUGAGAGCAUGAUGGGCUUCCGGUACCGCUGCCAGCAGUGCCACAACUACCAGCUGUGCCAGAGCUGCUUCUGGAGGGGCCACGCCAGCGGCCCCCACAGCAACCAGCACCAGAUGAAGGAGCACUCCUCGUGGAAAUCCCCGGCCAAGAAGCUGAGCCACGCCAUCAGCAAAUCUCUGGGCUGCGUGCCCAGCAGGGACCCGCCCCGGCCGCUGUUCCCCGAGCAGCCCGAGAGACCCCUGGACCUGGCACACAUCGUCCCCCCCAGGCCCGUGACUAACAUGAACGAGGCCAUGGUGACCCACGUGUCCUCCGGAGCGCCCACGCCAACCAAAAGGUGCCAGCACAGCAGCAGCCCCGAGCCCUCCCGGGAGGAGCACGCCCUGAUUGCCACCUUUGUGAGCCACCUGCGGAGCAGGGCACGUGCCCUGGACAGCCCUGGCCGGCUGGACGAGGAGCACCGGCUCAUCGCCCGCUACGCCGCGCGCCUGGCCGCCGAGGCUGGCAAUGCUCCCCGCCCGCCUGCAGACCUGGCUUUCAGCUUCGAUGCCAACAAGCAGCAGAGGCAGCUGAUAGCAGAGCUGGAGAACAAGAACAGGGAGAUCCUGCAGGAGAUCCAGCGGCUGCGCCUGGAGCACGAGCAAGCCUCGCAGCCCACGCCCGAGAAGGCGCAGCAGAACCCGACCCUGCUGGCCGAGCUCCGCCUGCUCCGGCAGAGGAAGGAUGAGCUGGAGCAGAGGAUGUCAGCCCUGCAGGAGAGCAGAAGAGAGCUGAUGGUGCAGCUGGAGGGGCUGAUGAAGCUGCUCAAAGAAGAAGAGCAAAAGCAGGCAGCGCAGGCCGCGGGCUCGGCGCAGCCCUCGCCCACCCACGGCCGCCCGGGCGCCGCGCGCUCGGCCUCGGCCGGCUCCACGCCCACGCACGGGGCCCAGGACGCGCUGGCCGGACUCGGGGGCGACGUGCACGAGGCCUUCGCACCAGGUACGAGGAGGAACCUGCGCAACGACCUGCUGGUGGCAGCUGACUCCAUCACCAACACCGUGUCCUCGCUGGUGAAGGAGCUGCACUCAGCAGAGGAAGAAGACGGAGAAGAAACAGAGAAGCUGCAGAACGGGAAGGACCGAGGUUAGGAGGGGCCGCAGGCUGGACAGCAGCUCAGGCUCGGAGGUUGCCCUUCUCCUGCCAUCGAGGGACGUGUCCCCCCUCAGAAGAGGCCGUUCCAGCCCAUCCAUCACCAUCGUGCAACUGUGACCGAUCUCCACCACGCGCUGCCGCCGCGGCCGCCCCGAGGGCAGCGGGAGCUGUCCCGAGGACCCUCCGCGGGCACUGCCCCCAGGCCAUUGCAUGUCCCCUCGGUGUGCUUCCCAACGGCGACCAGACCCGUCCCAGCCGGCUCAGCCGCUCACGGGAGGCUUCAAAAACAACAACAACAAAAAAAAAAAAACCCUGAAAGGACACUGCUGGUGGCUGCUCCCGCUCUGUGUGCUGCUCCCUCCCACAGUGCCACUGUCACUCGCCACGCUGGCCACUGCUCCUGCCUUCUGUCCCCCCCACCCCCGUGCACGGAGCAAAGGGCUGCAGGCCCUCCAGGGUCCCUCCUGCGCGGGGAUUCAGCUCUUACAGACGCGCAGGGAUGGGGCUGUGCUGGGCCACCGAGAUCUGCUGUUCGCGUGCCAAGCAGGGAAUUGAGGGAGGAGCAGGCCCGGCUGAGAGGAGCACCGGCAGCAGGAGCUGGGCUCAGUUUUGGUGGCAAUUAGGGAAACGAGGGAGCAGCGAGGGCGGCUCCCCCUGCUCCAUCACCGCUCCCAAAAACGCGGCCAGCAGUCCGGGCAGCGGCGGUGCCCGCGCCUUGUCCCGUGGCGCUCGGGAAUGUCGUUGUGAGUGCGAGGAGCCCAGGGCCCCCAUGCAUCCGUAAAUAUUCGUGGAGGGUGAUAGAUGAAGGGAGCCCAGAGCCCCCCUCCCCGGCUCUGCCCCCUCCCCACAGCGAGGGCUCCCCCUCACCGGGCGGGGACGAGAAACACCCCGGUGGCCGCAGGCCUGGCUGGAGGGAAGUGCUGGCAACGAGCCGCGAGGGGAGGGCCAGGAGAGCCUGGAGGGGAGAGCAGCUUCAGCUGGA